AAAUGCUCGUUUUAAACUAACAUUUUCAUCUCACAAAAAUGGUAUCAUCUCAGAAUUUACCUGCAAUCGAGCCAUGGAUCUUCCGUUCCUCCUUUCCCGAUUCCUGGAUCUCAAAAUCUUUCGCAAGGGAUAACGAAAUUCUUAUUAAGGCACUCCAAGUUUCUCUCGAGGCCUCCCACCUUCAAACCGCUUCUCCGGCUAUCCCCAUUCAAUCGCCAGAACUGGCGAUUCGAUCUUACUCCGGAGUCGAUUUAACCGGAAAUAAUCCGAAACGGAUAAACUCCAUCCCUGUUAAGAACAAGUCGCGUAAAUCAAAGCGAGCUGGUACUACUAUUAUCAUGGCGGAUACGGAGAAUUUCCGGCAGAUUGUUCAAGAGGUGACUGGCGGCGGACAUUUCAUGCCGAUUGCGACACCUUUGUUGAAGCCUGAACCAAAACGGCUGUUUAAUUUGACGCAGGGAUUUCUACCGACUCUUGAUACGUCGGCAUUUCUUUUGGACGACAAACAUCAGCCGCCACCAAUGGUUGGGUCGCCGGCGGUGAAUUUUGACUCGUUUUCCUGUUUUCCCACAUUGGAGUCGUGGAAAGUAAUUUAUUAGAACCUGUUUUUGUUU